AUGUCAACGCUCUCUUACCUCAACCGCGCUUCUUCAGUCCCCUCAUCGCCUCCCAUGUCCAAAUUCGAAUCCGAUCCUUCUUCUAUUCACAAAAGAGUCAUUAUGCUUAUCAAAUUGUCGAACCUCGACGCAGCCGCAGAGCACGCGCGUUUGGCUGUUUUGUCCAGAGGCGAACCUAAAGUGACUGCCAAGACCUGCGUGGCUAUCAUCGACGCUCUGUGCAGGUACGGUCGGUACAGUGAAGCAUACGAUUUAUUCCAUUACUUCGCUGCUAAGUCUAACUCGGAUCUGAUACCCUUUAUCUGCUGCGAUCCAAUCAUCAAUGCCUAUUGUGAUGAAGGGAAAGUCGACGAGGCUCUUGAAUUAUACCAACAUUUGUUGCGCAGUGGUCUUAGUUCUCGUAACCAACUAGUCUUGGCUCAAGGUUUGGUCAAAGCGGGUAGGAUUGAUGAAGCUAUAGAUCUUUUCUAUUGCGUGAGGAUGUAUGAGAAAGCUAUGGAGCAUUACAUGUUGUCUAAGGAAGAUUUCAGCAAGAUACAUGUGACUGCUGGAAAUAGCCUUUUGAAAGUUUUGCUAAGGUACGGUAAGAAGACCGAAGCUUGGUCAUUGUUCAGUCAGAUGCUGGAGCAAAGCAGGUUCCCAGGUUUGGAGGAAUACAGGAACACUAGAAAAUUUGAUUCGGAGUCGUGCAAUAUUAUGGUGAAUGAGUGUUUCAAGCUUGGGCAUGUUAGCGAGGCAAUCGAGAUAUUUCACAAGGUUGUUGGCACAAUUAGUGAUCCACAGUUGUGUUACAGAAACAUGAUCACUCGGUUUUGCGAACAUGGGAUGUUGUCAGACGCAGAACGUUAUUUCGCUGAUAUGUGUUCUAAGAAGUAUCUUGUCCCUGAUGUUCCAACAUAUCGAACGAUGAUGGAUGCAUAUGUGAAGGAAGUCAGAGUCAGCGAUGCUCGAAAAACUGUGAACCAAACUUUGGAUGCGUGUCUAACCUAUAUUGCUAAGCAGGUCUGA